UGCAUUAGUUAAAUCAUCGCAGGACUGUACGGACGUGGAAAGUAUUACUACUUCACUACAACGUGGUGGUAUUUUAUACUCAACAAAACCGACAUUAUUGAAAUCGGCUGCCCGUUUGCGACUUGAGGCCCGCUUGCGAACCGAACUCGGGGCGUCUUGGUGAUCUGACCGUCAUGUUAACCAGCCACAAUCGGGCCCCGUCACCCACCGCUCCCAUCUCGAGUAACAUGGAGCACCCACUGGCGAAAUCGCACAAAAAAGAAGAGAAAACGGGCCCUGGGCGUGUACCAACCCCAACGAUGGUGAAAACGGAAUACCAGUCCGACCAACCAAUGGACUUACAAAACACAGUUCAAACAACGCACGCGGUAGCAACGGGGAAACUAAAAGGUAUGGAGGCCAGUGUCACCCUUUGGCAAUUUCUGCUCGAACUCCUGAUGGACAAGAGCAACCAACAUCUCAUCACGUGGACUGGGAACGAGGGUGAAUUUAAGCUGAAUAAUGCCGAGGAAGUGGCCCGGAUGUGGGGGCUUCGCAAAAACAAAACCAACAUGAACUAUGACAAGUUGAGCCGCGCCCUGCGCUACUACUACGACAAGAACAUCAUCAAAAAGGUCAUGGGUCAAAAGUUCGUCUACAAGUUUGUCUCCUUUCCCGAGAUUGUCAAAACCGAGAAUAAGAUCCCAUUCCGUGUGAAGAUGGAAGCGAUGGAUGGGCCGGCCACAGUGACAACAACAACAUCCAGACCCCAGAGUUACCCGGGGAUCGAGAACGCUGUCGUCGAGAAACCGAGGAGGAGUCCCGCUGGACAUAUUGAGCAUUAUCACCGGGAGUCGCCGAGGUAUGUACCGAGCCCUCUGACUCGACCUCCCCAGACUUCGGAGCACGAGACAGUCUCUAUAAAGGUGCAUCGUGAGGAGUCGUCCCACGAGCAUCGGUGGAGCUCUUCACCGACUCCGUUGCGGGUCAGCAGCAGCUCCCACCCGGCCGAGCACGCCAGGUCUGCGAGCCCCAGACGGGCCUUGUCACCCGGUUCCGUUGAAGCUCGACUCUCAGCCGAGCCACGCCUAGUCACCAGUACCGGGCGUCCCUUCACCACCAUCUGUACCCCCAGUACAUCAACAGUCACAGGCAGUUCGAGCAACAGACCCAGACCGAUUCCAAUAGCCACCUUGCACACACCCAAAAGUGACUUUUACAACACCACUAUGCCCACGAAGAUGUCAACAUCAAGUCCCUCGUUCCUCACCACGAGUAACGGGCUCACGGUGCCGUGCUACGGCGGGCCGCACACCCCUCUACCCGGCACACCCAUUAUGGUAGCUAGCCCCCUCUUCGGUCAAGCUGGUACACCCCUGGUACCUCUACACUUCUGGAGUACCCUCAGCCCUCUCGCACUGAGCCCCUCCAUGAACUCACAAAUGAACACAUUCCAAUUUCCCGCCAUAAUCAACGGACUAACUGGGGCACCCGUCACAGUGUCGGGCAUGAUGCCCAUCCACACCCCUACCGUGGUAUUUUCACCCUCAACAACCAAACCCAUUGUUGUACCAUAGACCCUCUUUGUAAUGCACUGGACACUAAUUGUAAUUGCUAAGAGCAUAGAGAGUAUUAUUACUUGGUAACGAGCAAUGGAGAGCUGCUGAUUGUAUAAAACAUUGUGAGGAACGACUCCCUCUGGAGUAAC